CUCCCGUCCUCACCUCAGCCCGUACCUAAGGUAGCCUGGUAAGGUAGGCCACCCGUGUGGCUUUCCUUCCAUCCUAACACCCAAUCUCCAACCCCGCUGGUGCCGGACUUUAUUCCUCCAAAGCACCACAACCAGUAGACCGACUCGACAGCUCGAUUCACCUUCCAACACUCAAGUGUCCGUCUGCCUUGCCUUUGGUGCCCAGGUACUGUGGAUCUCAGCAGGUGAGACCUUGGAGACAUUCUCUCGACUCGUGGCUGGUCGACUCAUCAUCUCUGCAGUAUCCUCCAUAUUAGGUACCUACACAUCGAUCUGAGCCAGGCAGGCCACCUUCAGUCCUCCAUCCACCACCACCGCAACUUGCAGCCAACCUAAGUCGCCGUAGUCCGAGCUAUCUCGCGCCCAUCUUCGCUGUUGCCGACUCCAUCGUCCCUUCUUUCUCCUCUGUCCCUCGACGACUGCUCCUCCACUCCAGCUUCAUCCCCACCCAAAUCACCGAACCACCGACAGAAGCGAAGCCAAGGCGAAUCCAAAGUCCCGCGACUACUUAUUCUGGCCCUUCCGACGAUUACGCAAUGCUCGCCUAGCUACUGCUUCCUCUUCCAUCUUGCCGCUUUGCUUUGGGUUUCCGGGACCCCGUCAUCCUACCUCUGCGACGCGACGGACAACCCGCCUGUGGUGAUACUCGAGAAAGAGCUGGUGUCACUGCCCACCAAAACAGCCGAGGCUGUUCAUUGCAACCCACUUUCGAGACCAACGCCUGCACAUUGCUAUACUCCGGACGACCCUUCUACCAAGUAUGGUCGUGACAAUCUUUGACGACCGUUGCGCCGAGCUUCGCGCUCCUGGCUUCCUCAACCUAACGAUUUCCAUUAUCAUCCUCAUCGGUCUCAUCGUCUCCUACCUGCCGCAGCACUACCGAAUUAUCGCAAGAGGUACCUCGGAAGGCAUCUCGCCCUGGUUCGUCUUGCUGGGAGUCACGUCCGCCACUGCCGGCUUCGCCAACAUUCUGACUGUUCCGCCCUCGAGACGCGACAUUGCCUGCUGUAGCGAAUUGGGUACUUUUGAAUGUGCUGCUGGUCUACUCGGAAUUGCCCAACUGGGCAUGCAAUGGAUCUCCUUUGCGCUGAUCCUUGUCCUAUUCCUCAUCUUCUUCCGGUACGACAACGCGACUGUUCCCGAUGAGGAGCUGGUCGACAAGCCACCCUCGUGGCAUACUGCCAUAAUGGUCGGCUCCGUGAGCUUGAUCCACGGCCUGCUCGUCAUCAUCCUGACUGUAGUCUUCACUACCGCACUCAGAGACCACCUCGACUUGUGGGCAAACUUCCUCGGCGUCAUGGCCGCCGCUCUUGCCGCGGUCCAGUACAUUCCGCAGAUCUGGACAACCUACCACAUCAAGCACGUCGGCAGCUUGAGCAUCCCCAUGAUGUGCAUCCAGACCCCCGGCGGCUUCCUCUUCGCCGGAAGCCUAUUUGCCCGCCUUGGCUGGGAAGGAUGGAGCACGUGGGGCGUUUUCGUCCUAACUGCCUCAAUACAAGGCGUUCUUCUCGCCAUGGCCAUCUACUACGAAUUCCAGGAGCAUCACGGAGAGCCGCAGUCUCCAACCCUCGUCGAUGAGCCGAGACGUCCCAACCCGACCAGAACAUACUCGGAAGGUUGGGAGCAAGGCCUUCCUGGCCCUUACACCGCCCAUCCCGAACGGUACGCCGACACGGAGGAGGAGCUGGAGCGGUUACAAGACAGAGAGGAGCGGCAGGUUGAGCGAGAGACGAGACCUCUGCUGCGUCCAGGCGGUAUUGGUGACCCGCACAAGAACUACAAUGCCACAGACGAUUGAGUGCCCCUAAUUGGACCGCUCUUAACUUUGUUUUAGCCUGGCAUCAUAGGUUGUAGCAGUACUUAUUUUAAUAACGGGGAGACCUUGCAAAUACUAUUCUUCUUUUCCCCUUUUUUAGGUUGAUAUACAUC